UCGCUAGAACAGGACUUGAAAGGCGAACUGAGCGGCAGGUUUGAGGACUUGGUCCUGGGCAGCUUGAUGGAUUCGGCAGAAGUGCAAGCCAAAGCCUGUUUAGACGCAAUAGACCGUCUCGGUACCAAGGAGAUGACUCUGAUCCAGGUCCUUGUACCCUCAACCAACGCUGAAUUGGCUCGAAUCCGGGAGGCCUACAAGCGCAACUUGUAA